UAUAGAAAUAAUAUAUGAAAAAAUAUACAUUUAAUCUAGUUUUUCGCGAGCGAGUUCCCUCUAUACUAUAAAGUAAAAUAUUUGAUGAAUGAUAAUAUUUUUUCCUUCACAUAGCACUUCUAUAAAAACAUGAGAGUUUCAAGCAAAGAACUUAUUCACUAUAAGCUUAUUGGUUUCAAGACGAUCCUUACAUUCUACUUAAAAAACAAUCAUAUUUUAUCCAUGAUGUAAAGACUAUAUCUUUACAUCAUGAUUUUAUCUUUGUGUAUGUCAAAUUGGGUAUUUCUACUCAUUUUCCUGUCUAUGUUUCUUUGUGACGUUGCCGUCUUGUUUGUUUGAAGAUUCUGAAAAUGAUCCUAGAAUUUAAAGUGUUUACGCUAAACUGUUGGGGAUUAGCAAUUGUGUCAAAAAAUAGAAAAACUCGGAUAAAAGCAAUCGCGAAAUUUUUGUCUAAUAGUCACUAUGAUGUUGUGUGUCUUCAAGAACUUUGGCUUGAUUGUGAUUAUUUUUUGAUUAAGGAUGAGGUCGCAGGAAUACUUCCACAUUCCCAUUAUUUUUACAGUGGUGUUACUGGAUCUGGUAUUUGUAUAUUUUCCAAAUAUGUAAUUGAAGAGGUAUUCUUUCAUCAAUGGUCUUUGAAUGGUUACAUUCACAAAUUACACCAUGGUGAUUGGUUUGGAGGAAAAGGCGUUGGACUUUGUAAAUUAACAGUGAACAAUCUUUCUGUAAAUAUAUAUUCAGCUCAUUUACAUGCAGAGUACAAUAGGAAAAGUGAUGAAUAUGAGGCUCAUCGUAUUUUACAGGCAUAUGAUACUGCUCAGUUUAUUUUGCUCAGUUCACAGGGUGCAGAUUUAGUAGUGUUAGCUGGUGAUUUAAAUACUUUACCAGGUGAUAUUGCAUACAGGUUGUUAACAUCAAUUCCUGGUCUUGUAGAUGCCUUUGACAGUGCCGACGUUCCAAGAGAUCAUGUUGCAACAUGCGAAAGUCUUAGAAACAGUUACACUCCUGGUAGAUUGGUCAAAAAUAAAACACAAGGACAAAGGAUAGAUUACAUCAUGUUUCAUCCAGGCUCAAAACUUCAAGUAGAAAUGAAAAAUUAUAAAUUACCUCUACCAGAUCGUGUUCCCCUCCAUUCUUUCAGUUAUUCAGAUCAUGAAGGAGUAGAAGCAACUUUUGAAAUUAGCAAACAAGCUAUUUUAAAAUCUUCUAGAAAUGAAAACGAUGUUAAAAAUGUACUGGAUGAAUGUGAGACAAUUUUGAACCGAGCUCUGAAUAACCUUGUAACUCAUAAGAUAAUAUAUAUAUUUUUUAGUAUUUUAUUACUGUUUGGUUUGAUAAUUACAUUUAUAAUUGAUGUUCCUGCUGGAUUUGUUGUAGUUUAUAAUAUUUUCAGAGUUAUCAUUGGUAUAUUGUUUGUUUUUAGUAUAUUGAUGGGAACUAUUUGGAAUAAAAUCGAAAAACAUGGAGUACUUGCCGUGAAAUUAGCUAUAGAAAAAUCACUUAAAAGACCAACCGAAUUGUGACAUAUUGUUUGAUAUACUACUUGAUUUAUCAAAGGACCAAAUAAACUGACUAUAAAAUAAAAUAGACACAUUUGUUUAUCAAUACUUAUCUAUAAAGAAAUUGAGUAAUGGAAAGUUAAUACAUCCAAGGCCAUUUAUGUUGUGAUGACUGUCCAAUUACAAAAUCAUUAGUUUGAAAUAGCAUGUGACGAAUAAAAUGGACAGUAUUAAAUCGCUUAAUUAAUUUAAUAAUAUAUUGAUAAUAUGCCUUUAUAAUUAAGAAUAUUUAAGUUGGGUCAAUUAUGGUUAACCUGCUGUUGGAAAACGGGUCCUAAAGUUUUUGAUAUAACUCUAGCAUUGAUUGAGUGAUUAAUUUUUCAUUUGCUUCUAGUAAAAACUAUUAGUCCGAUUUUAUUUUAUAGUUAGCUGAUAAAUAUAAGUUACCAAAUGUUGUCAUUUUUAAUAAAAAAUUAAAAAGAAACUAUUAGUAAAGAAAAUGUUUUAUGUUGGCACUUUUGUUACUUCUACUAAAAGGAACUGAUUGUUUUUGUGUUUAAUUUAUUUGUUGUAUUAAUACCUAUUUUUGAAAAUUAAAAUAUUUUACUUCCAAUUAUUAUAUUGACUUGAAAUUUGACACACCUGCUUAUUUCCAAUGACAUACAUGAAUCAAAUAAGAAAUUGACAAAAACAGUUGGGUCAUUUAGUACUAAUUCAAUAGAAGUAAAUAUUUUGUUUCAUGGUUACAAAAAAGCGUGACGAAUUAUCUGGUCAUCAAUAUACAACCUCGAGUUCGCUGGAUGAGAUCUCGAAAAAAAGCAUUUUUCAAUUUUCUGUAAUUUUUUUUCUGUCCUUAGUUUAAUUUUAAAUAUUAAACUUUAAAAACUUUUAAAAGAAUCUUACAGUUUGGCGAAUUUCAUUCACAAUAUACACUCAUGAAAUCAUUUUCAAUAUUUCGAUUCUAAUUUAAUCCGAUGACUUUUAGAUGAGUUUGACAUCUUCUUAUCUCGAGGUCAAUGGACCAAAUCCCAGUGGGAUAUCGGAAAUUUCAAAUUUACUCCUAAUUUUUCUUAAAUUUCAAUAAUAUAAAACCAAAACUUGAGUCCUAGUAAAGUUUGUAAGUAAUGUAGCCUAAAGUUAAAACAGAGUUGAGAAACAAUCUAAAUCGUGACAAUAGUAUGAGAUAUUGGCGGUACAACACAAUGAUACCACUUUUUGAUGAUUCUCUUUAGAACUUAUAUAUUUCUAAACUAUCGAAUAACAAAAUUACAGUAAUACAAUUUUUUUAUUAAUUUGUACCUAUUUUUGUUUUUAUCAGUUUUUGAUUACCCUGUAGUUCAACUAGAAUUCAAGUUUAGGCUUUAUUAUCUACAGUUUAAUUCACAUUCAACUGUUUUUGAAAGUUUUAUUAAUAUAUUAUUUACUUUGUAGUAUAAAUUUAAGUUAAGUGUUUAUCGAUUAUUAUAUUAUGAGGUGUGAAUUCAAAUAAAAAUGUCUCUACUUAACAAAAGUCAUGAUGGUUAGGUUAGGUUUGAUCAACUUUGAAUAAAACCCAAAUGCAUUUAUUGUAACCCUCAAUAAUCAUCAACUUAAGUUAUUACCGACAAUUUUAUUUUAUAUUGUAAACUUUUUAAGCACAAAAAUUGUUAUUUUAUACUUUUCUUGCCCUUAUUCGAUAAAAUUUUAAACAGUAAAUUUGGUCAAGGGAACCAAGAAAUUUAAUAAUCAAUAAUUGAAAUAACUUACACAUAUGAUAGAUACUAUUUUGUUGCAAAAACUUUAAUAAUUAUGUCAAGGUUAAUUGUAAUAUUCUAGUAUUGUAUUCGAAGGCAUUUGUAUGGACGUAUAUGCUAACCCAUGUAACAUACCAACUUGACUUUUAUUGGCUGUAAUUAUUUUUUAGCUAUAAUUUAUUUAUUUUCAAAUGUAAUAUCUCAUUCAUAUAGAUUUCCGUUCGAUUCAAAGCAAUGUCAGCCCAUUAACCAGUGCUCAAUUUUCCAUUAAAGUUUUACGAAACACUUGUAUGUAUGUAUGUAGAUAGUGGGGUAUCAUAUACAUUGGGACCCAAAGGAUCUAUUGUGUCCCCCUUUCUUGCUACGAUACUCGAGAGCCCACUGUUUACAGCUGAUCUGUUAAUUCCACUUCUUUUAGAAAAUCCAGAAUAUAGGAUGGCUGUAGAGAUCUUUGUCUUUUAUUUCUUACGCUCUCAGGUGUGGGGCUCUGGAGUUUUGUAGUGUUUCACACUUUGAGAGAAUGUCCUGUGUGUACAAAAUACAUAUUACCAUACUAUAUAUUUAUUAGUCACUAACAUUAUAUAUACUUACUAGAAGUCUUUAGUCUUCUUUAUUCUAGUGACUGACACUUUGCUUGCCAACUACUUCCAGAAGUUCCAUUUAUUAAACUAAUAUUAUUUAUAUUCCAGAGUGUAAAGUUUUGGUGGAAACAUAAUUUUUUAAUUAUAUAAUACCUAUUAUCUAGUCUUUUUCAAUUUGAUCUUGUAAGUUUUUUGGAUUUUUUUAAUAUAUACUAUACAAUAAGGAUGAUGUGGAAAACUUUGCUAAAUGAAUAAUUUCAUAUUUUAAAUAAAUUUUUACUAUCCA